GCAUAUAAACUGUAAACACAUCUCUUUUAUCUCUUUUAUUUAUCAGACUAUAAAUGAAGUUCCCUCUGUGAUCUUAAACACACAUCUUGUUGCUGUCACACACUAACUGUUGAAUCUUUGACUCCCAGGGAGAGAUGAGACGAUGCAGCCGGCCAAGCCGUCCUUCCUGGAGUACUUUGAGCAGAAAGAGAAGGAGGCAAACAGCCACAACGACGGAGGAGGGAGAGGAGAAAACAACGCAGACAACCGCAAAGUUCCCCCUGAAGGAGAUCUUCAAGUGGUGAGCACGUGGUCUGUGGAGGACCUGCGUCUGCGUCUGGCCUCUCUGGACCCUCAGAUGGAGCAGGAGAUCGAGGAGAUCCGGCAGCGCUACCAGGCCAAGAGGAAGCCCAUCCUGGACGCCAUCGAGGCCAAAAAAACGCCGCCAGCAGAACUUCUGAGACGAUCGUGCUGACGUCGUCUCAGAGAACAGCCGGAUGUUUGUUGUUUUCUCUGUGGAGGUUUGAAACGCCACAAAGACAGACGAGGUUUCACAAAACAAACACGCCGCACACUUUAACCCUGAACGAGCGGCGAUGAGACGACGCGGCCGGGUGUGACGCCUCAUCGUGUGGACGCUGCAGAGGACGAGCUGACACAGCGCUCUUCUCUCAUGGUGAUGACUUUCAUCGUCUUUCUGUGAUUUCAGAACGUCUCUGUCGUCCCGUCUUCUGGAUCUUUAAUAACGUUUCUCCUCCAGCCGCUGAGCUGAACUCCAAACUGUCUCCGUGUCUGAAAGCCGCCUGGAUCUUUUAUUACUUCAGUUUUUUUUAACUUUAAAGCGCGUGGUACUGUGUCGUUAACCUGCUGACUGUUUGAUUUAGGUACUCCUCUGGUUUUGGUUCCAGCUCCUCCUCUGUCAAAGGGGGAUUAGAUUUAGAUUCUGAUCAUGUUAGUCUGAGCACAUUCCUGCCUCUGAAGCUGCAGGUUAGAGGAGUGUCACGAUACCAGUUAUAAACUUCAUUAUGAUACCUCUACAAAUCAAACUGUACUUUAACUCAUUUUGUUACCACGGCAACAAAAAACCUUCAAAUGUGAUCAUUUCUACUUUCAAACACAUCAUCACUGUUUCUGUGAAAUAAGAAACGUCAACGUUACUUAUUCAUCUUCUUGGUCGAUGUCCACAGACGGCAGCAGCGCCCACAACCUCCGCUGCAGAGCGCCUAUCACGAGCGCUCAUCGUUGCUAAGUUACCUUCUGUUUCGCUCGCUCGUGGCUGUUAGGGCGGUUUAAAAAUGUUCAUGUAUUUUAUAUUCACCUAAACUCAAAGAAAUGUCACCGCCGCAGCUCUUCAUCUGAAACCGUUCCUUUAAAAAGACAAAGACAUGUUGACAAAGCUGAUAACUGAAGUCCCGCCCCUUUUUGAUUCUAAUUGGUCAGUGAAGGAGAGAUGACAUUGAAAAGAGCAGCGCUGUUUCAACUGAUAGCGUUGUGAAUAGAAACGUCCGACUCAGAGGGCUGUAACGUUCAGCUGAUUUAGUUUUGAAACGGGCGCUGCUGGUUGGUGGACACGGACUCUAAUGAUCCACCAAUUGGACUUUAAAACGUCAGCAUGAAUCUGAUUCGACCGCCCCUGCUCUCUCUCUCUCUCAGCUUCAGUACUUUUUGAUUCUAUCAGUUGGAUCAAACAUUCAUGAUUAAUGUGAACAAACUAGAACCCGACCGAUAAAUCAGCCGGCUGAUAUCAGCAAAUCCAGUGACCAUCAGUAUCGGCUCAUUUUAUCUCAGAUAUGCGCCGAUAUCACUCGAUUUAUUCAGCAGUCAAAUAAAAUUUCAUUAGAGUUUCACUGUGUUACAUUAGCAGUUCUCUCUCACCAGCAGAGGGCGCUGUAUGGAUUACAACAAUCAUCAUCACUCUCCAGAGUGUCGAGCAGUGACGCACGUACACGCUCAGUUAUUUUCCAGUCGAGUGACCAUCUUGUCUUCAACACAAUAAAUGUUUAUAUAUAUCUCUGUCUCUACAGAUCUAAGAAAGAUAUCGGCCGACAUAUCGAUAUCUGCCCCCAAAAUUCUCCUAUCAGUCGGCCCCUGAGUCUCUGUUUUCAACAAUAAGCCUUCAAUGAUUCAGAGAAAAGACUAAAAGAUAUAAAACCCCUGAACUCGUCUUUAGAGUCCUUAAAGUUCUCUGCUUAGCUUCAGCGAGGAGACAAACAGAAAUAUAAAAAACCUGGAGCUUCUUAAUGAAAGAGUUUAGUGAAAAGCCGACGUCCGAGUGAGACUCCGUUUUCACCCCGUUACUCUGAAUGUCGGGAUCAAGUUUGUUUUUUUGUCGGGCAGUUGAAAUGAUUUGUUUUCAUCCUGUUUUUGUUUUUGAUGGAACAAACCGGAGCCCUGAGCCGACGUACAGUCAGACAUUUUCAAUUACUCAGUUUUCCUGUGAUAACGAGUUUAUAAUGUAUUUUUCUAGAGAUCUGGAUUUAUUCAUGUCGUUACCUUGAGAUAAAUAAGUCGAGAUUUCAUGAAUCUCGUCAGAGUUUCCUCGUUAUCAAGAGAAAACCGAGUGAUACAAAGCGUUUGGAUGUUUGUCCUCUCAUGGCCUCCGUAUAACAAACUGAAACUCUGAUAAUCCACUUUGAAUGAUUGUUACAUUUUAAGAUCGGAAUUUGAUAUAUUCUGCAGCUGGAGUUUAAAUGUUGGACAGGACUGAGAGGGAAAUGUUUCCCUCCACCGGCGUCCGACCUUCAGUGCUCUGCAGUGAUUUCAUUUGAGCGUCCGGCGUCUCUGAGGGCGAGCCGGGCCUGACACAUUUAUGGAAGAGAUUCAACAAAGCUUUUAUCUGCUGGAUAAAUGAGUGUGAUCUGGCAGCGCCGCCUGAACCCGAGUGUGCCAGGAAGACGCUCACACAAGAUUUACCCCCUGGCGUUCCUGGGAGCCGCUCGCCGCUUAGAUCGGCGGGAGGAUUUCUAUUUUUUCUACGUAGCUUUAGAGGAGGUCACGGCCGUCUGACCCCGGGAGUGUGUGUGAGAAUGAAAAGCAGAUUCUCAGGUCAUGAAAGUCCUCAGGGUGUAAAGUAACCUCGUGUCUGUGAUGAAUCUGAAUAUAAAGAGCACGCUGGAACGACUCGUCUUUUCUCCGUGUUGUUAAACAAACAAAAGGGAAGUUUUCAUCUUUGUGCCUCAGUUUGAACUCGUGCUGUUUUUUGUGUUUUGAGUUUGAUGAAUACUCUGAAAAAAAAAAAGGAAUUGAAAUUAGAUUUUUAUGAAACGUGACGUCUGAGCUGCUUCAUUAAUAAAGUCGUAAUCACUGGAAACAGAAACUCUUCUCAUGUUUUGGUACGGAAGCCCAAAGCGGACAUUCAGCCAAACGUUUAAUUUAAAGCCGUUAUCUCGUGUGAACGAGAACUUUAAGGUUGUUUUUUUCUCCAGAUCGUCUCGUUACCUUGUGAUGAAGACGCUGCGAUAACGACUUCACCUCUGAGAAAACGAUGAAAUGAAGUCGUUAUUUCAGGAAAACGGCAUUAUGAUCCAGAGAUAACGAGAUUAACGAGUCUAAAUGUUGAAAAAAACGACCUAAAUGUAAUCAAUUGUUACCACGGGGAAACGUCGCUACAUGUUUUAAAGUAAGUCUCAUGAUGUAGCUGCGUAAGACAUCAAACACGACUCCUUCUCGACAUCACCAGUUUAUCAGAAAGAAAUCACAACGUCUCGGUUCCUCUGAUCACUGACGAAUCAGAGAGACAGAGACGUUGAUAACGAGCCGGGCGAUGUCGAGUCGUGUUUGAGAUUUCACGAAGACAAAUCAACCGUCUGGAUGCACAUGUCCUUUUGGGGCUUCCGUAGUUUUGACAUCUUGUAGAGAGAGUCGUCUUACCUGCUGAGCUCUUAGUCAUGUUUUUGCACUCGCUCCCUGUCUUGACGCCUGAUUGGUCCACAGGUUAUAAAUUGUAUAUUUUUGCCUUAAAGUCUGCAGUGGACGCCAUGUUUUGAGAUCUCUGAUGUUUGUUUGAUUGCUUCCUGUUUGCCUGUCGUAUAAAGAAAAUAAUAAAAAGUGCAGAAAGUGAA